CGGCAAUACCAACGUGAAAAAUAAAAACGUUUCCUCCCUUUUUUUCUUCUUCUUUUUCUUUUUAACCCAUCUCUUUUUUUCUUUACUAUUCUCUAACAAUGCUUCGUACUUUCUUCAGCUCUUCCAUCACCAAGCCUCUUACUGCUCAAAAGACCAUUCAUACUGGUGUCCGUGCCUUCUCUACUGGUUUUGUUUUGAGACAAGCUCAAACUGGUGACAAGUCUUAUACUCAUAUUCUUACUGAAACCCGUGGUAAGGUUGGUUUGAUUACUUUGAACCGUCCUAAGGCCCUUAAUGCUUUGUGCGGUGAUCUCUUUGUGGAAGUCAACGAAGCUCUUCGUAGCUAUGAUAAUAAUGAUGCCAUUGGUGCCGUUGUCAUCACUGGUUCCGAAAAGGCUUUUGCUGCUGGUGCCGAUAUCAAGGAAAUGAAGGAUAAGGCUUUUAUUGAAACUUACAAGUCUAACUUUUUGGGUCAUUGGGCUGAAAUGACGGAAAUCAAGAAACCUAUCCUUGCUGCUGUCAAUGGUUAUGCUCUUGGUGGUGGUUGUGAAUUGGCUAUGAUGUGUGAUAUCAUCUAUGCUGGUGAAAAGGCUAUUUUUGGUCAACCUGAAAUUAAGCUUGGUGUCAUCCCUGGUGCUGGUGGUACUCAACGUCUUGUCAAGGCUGUUGGAAAGUCUAAGGCUAUGGAAAUGAUUCUUACUGGUUCCGUCAAUUUGAAUGCCACUGAAGCUCUUUCUUUGGGUCUUGUUAGCAAGGUUGUUCCUGCCGCUGAACUUGUCGAUGAAACUGUCAAGACCGCUGAAAAGAUCGCUAGCAUGGGUCAACCUUCCGUUCAAAUGGCUAAGGAAGCCGUGAACAAAUCAUUUGAAGUUCCUCUUUCUGCUGGUUUGAGAUGGGAACGUAUCCUCUUCCAAGCUCUUUUCGGCACUGCUGAUCAAAAGGAAGGUAUGACUGCCUUUGUUGAAAAGCGAAAGGCCAACUUCACCAACCAAUAAAGAAGAAAUAACAUAGGAUAAACAUAUCAUUUGGUUGGGUACCCUAUUUUGUGAACGUUGAAUAGUUUAUUUACUUUGUGAUUCUUUUGUGUAAAUGGAUGAAAAAUAAAAACUACAUUAUUUAAUCCUUUU